AUGAGGAUCGCAAUUACUGGCGCUCGUGGCUCUGUCGGCCGAUCCGUGGUCAAACUCUGCGCUGAUGCCGGCCACUCCACGGUGCAGAUCAACCGCACCGACACCGACUACGACGGCACGCCCCGUUCGGAGAUGGCAACGGCGGACGUUGCAAACGACUAUGACGCUUGCGUCAAAGCAUUCAAGAACUGCGAUGCCGUCAUCCAUCUGGCAUCCAUCCCCGACCCGGUCGAUAAACCAGAUCACACCGUCCACAACAAUAACGUCAACUCUGCAUUCAACUGCUUCCGCGCCGCGGCGGAACUGGGCAUCAAGCGAUUCUGCUAUGCUUCGUCAGUCAACGCCGUGGGGCUGGCGUAUGCAAACCAGCCACUCAAAUUCGACUACUUCCCCGUCGAUGAAGACGCCCCGCAGCGGCCAACGGAUGCCUAUGCACUGGCCAAGCAUGAGGCCGAGCUCCAGGCACGCUCGUUCGCGACAUGGUUCCCUGGCAUGAAGAUCGCGUGUUUGCGUAUACACGAGGUCGCUCCCCUCAAGGACGUGCAGAAGGAGCACCAGGAAGAUUGGGAGAAUGCUGCGGUCAAGCAGUUGUGGGGCUGGGUGAACCCUCAGGCGACAGCGAGGGCGUGUCUGCUCGCUGUGGAACAGAGCGAUAACUUUGAGGGAUGCCAGGUCUUUAACAUCGUGGCGCCGACUACCACCCAAGACACACCCUCGGAAGAGUUGGCCAAGAAGUAUUAUCCCGGAGCUGAGAUUCGGGGCGAUAUGUCCAAGAACCAGAGCUUCUUUGCCGUUGACAAGGCACAGAGAAUUCUUGGAUGGACCCAUGAUGAAAAGGAGUGA